AUGGCUCCAGAACUGACACCCCUCCUCGUGAAUUCUCUAUUCUCCUUUGUCUACAGGAAUACUUCUGGCUUUACUGCCCUUGAUAAGAUUCUUGGUAGAAUGAUGGGAGACUUCAAACCUACAGGACGAAUUGUACCAUCACUCCUUGUCAUUGUAUGUGUAGAACAAUGA